GCGUCGUCGUCGGACAUGUCGGACAGCGAGGAAGCCGCCUACGGGCAGCAGCGCGCUGAGGAAGGCAAUGAUGAAGACGAGGCCACGAGGAACUCAAAGCCUGGUUUUGCUCCUGUCAUGGUGGCCCCCAAAAUCCCAGAUGGAGAAAGAGUUGACUUUGACGACAUCCACCGGAAGCGCAUGGAGAAGGACCUGACGGAGCUCCAGACGCUGAUCGAGGACCACUUUGAGAAGCGCAAGAAGGAGGAAGAGGAACUCCUGGGCCUCACCGACCGCAUUGAGAAGCGAAGGGCCGACCGGGCAGAGCAGAUGAAGAUCCGAGCCGAGAGGGAAAAAGAACGGCAGAACAAACUGGCGGAGGACAAGAGCAGGAAAGAAGAGGAGGAGGCCAAGAAGAAGGCGGUGGAUGACGCCAGGAAGAAGAUGAUCCUCAACAACUUGAGUUUCACCGGUUACAAGCAGACACAGCCGGGCAUGAAGAAACAAACAGAGCGAGAGAAGAAGAAGAAGAUCCUCAACGAUCGUCGCAAAGAGCUGGACAUUGAUCAUCUGAGGGAGGAGCAACUGAGGCAAAAGGUGGAAGAGCUGUCAGACUGGAUGCGGCAGCUGGAGGCGGAGAAGUUUGACCUUCAGUACAAGUACAUCAAGCAGAAGUAUGAGGUGACUGUGCUGAGGAACCGUGUCAGCGAUCAUCAGAAAAUCACAAAGGGAAGCAGGAGCAAGCGCGGCCUGAGGAAGUAACCAGUUGCCCCGCAUUCUUGCACCCUGACCUCAAGAGUCCAAGUCACCCGGGCAAAAACUGUACGCAGGACCUCAGAGUCCAAGUCACCUGGUCAAAAACUGUUUGUGAAAUAAAGAUCAAGCACCUUUCAAAGUGUGCAAUGUAAGAA